AUGGAGCCCUUUACUGACGGUGUCCUGGUUCACAACCUCUUGUCUCGUCUCCUCACACAACAACAGCUGGAGGUUUUAUCCAAUGACGCUAAGUUCAACACAAGAGAUGCUCGACCGGAAGAUUUCAUCGCAUCCUUCGAGUCGGCCCUUCAAAAGUGUGAAGCCAACGAGGAGUACAAAAAUUCCAUGCGCCAACAAGUGUGA